AUGUACCCAUUGCAACCUUAUGACUCCAUCCAUUUCUCUUUCCCCCCUGCCCUCCUCAGAGCACCACGCUCCCCAGUUGACCCCUCUCGAGUCUCGUUCUUCCUUCCCCCAAUCUCAAAUACGCAGACUGGUGAAGUGGAUUUUUGCCAGGUGAAUUGGGCGGCGACGCUUGCCAUGUCGUUGCUGCACAGAGCCUUCCGGUACUUUGAAGGUCCCUUCUACAACCAGGAUCGGAGACAGAGGCUGUUGCAGAGUCUCUCCGCUGUACGAGCUGCGUGUGGUGGUUCUCCGCGGAACCGGCUUGCUGGGCUGGAUGCAUCCAGAUUCAUGGCCGUUGUUGCGGAGUUGGAGGACGGAAUCGACGAUGUCGAGUGCACAAGGCUCCGAGAGGUUGGUUCUCUCUUCGACGAUGUUUCUCAUCCUUGGUCAGUUAACAUUUUCGCCCCUGUCCCUGAGUUAGAAGAUGUUGUUCUUAGGCUAGAACGUAUUGCCCAUAUGAUUAAUCUGCAAACUCGUGUCUCAACCUCUGAAUUUGUCGGCGAUCUUCCGGGUCGACGUAAUGAGCGCCGUAACCCAGCAUAUACGGUGUUGUUGUUUGGGAGAGACGUGGAGAAGGAACAGAUAGUGCAGUGGUUGAUUGAAGAGCAUCAACCUGCCAGCAGAAACCAUCCCGCGGUCUCCGUAUUUGCAAUAGUAGGCAUGGCAGGCAUGGGCAAGACACAACUUGCUCAUCACGCUUAUACAGAUUCGAAGCGGUUCAAGCUGUACAAAUUACUAGCAGACCUACUAAAUGCCGGAACACGCUUGGUGCUGAUAAUAUCGGAGACAAGAAGAAACUUCUGCUUGUUCUGGAUGAUGUCUGGGAAGAUAAUAAUCUGGAUGAGUGGAAAUCAUUUGUCGGAUUCUCUGAAGGACUGCGAAGUUGGAAGCAGGAUCCUACUGACAACUCAAAUGCAAUCAGUAGCGGACAUGGCAGCAGAUGGCAUAGGAGUUGAAGCUGAAUGCCUGAAAUUGAGUGAACUGGACGAAGCUAACAAUUUCAACCUCUUCGAAAGCCAUUUGCCUUCAAACAUACGUGCUGACAAUGACAAUUAUGCCGAUCUUUCAUUGGUUGGUGAACAGAUUGCAAACCAGAUUGGUGGUUGCCCUCUACUAACAAUAAGAGUUGCUUUACAGUUGAGUCUCAAUAUGAACUCCCAAUACUGGAACACUGUUCUUCAAGAAGGCUGGCAGUACGUAUCAGGAUUUGACUUCCUUCUUGCUAGUUACAACCAUCUACCUCCAGAGUUACAAAAUUGCUUUAGAUAUUGUAGUAUAUUUCCAAAGGGACACAGAUUUGAUAAGUUGGAAUUGGUAAACAUGUGGAUUGGUUCUGGAUUGAUACCUCCCGAUCCAGUGGAAGUGAGGUUUUUCGAUGUGGGGGAACAAUUGAUACCUUCUAGAGUAAUGGAAAAAACUCAGAAAAGGGGUGCUGAUGGGCCGAAACAAUUGUUACCUCCAUGGGCCGAAACAAUUGUUACCUCCAAGUCCAUCAGGAAAAAUGAAUGUUCAUUUGGGGGAACAGUACUUCGAUGCAUUGGCAAAAAAAAUCAUUCUUUUGCUCUAUGA